GAGCACCGUUAAAUCGUGCAUUGUCAUGAGACUCGCGAUGUUUUGUCAAAUAGUACCGAUGUUUCGUGAAUGAGAUAGAUGAAUAAACAAAAUUUCGAUAGAGGUGUUUCACGACUACCGUAAACCGAAGGUUUCCACGGUGCUCGUUGAAGGUACGAGUUCGCGCUUGCGAUUUGGCGUGUAUCGCAUGUGCCCGCGGUGUUCCGGAAAGAGCGUAGUACUGUCUUUGACGCAGAAUUGAUUUCUGAAGUUGUUGGAUACACGAACGAAAACUCCGUCGAAGUAUCGAGGGACACGUAAGCGUUGAUAUGCCGCUACUUCGUAAACAGCCUUUCCAACGACUUCACGUCUCUUCGGACUUCAGGGACGACGACGAAGUUUUCCAUUGUGAGGUUACCAACGAAAUCUUCAAGGACUACAAUGAGUUUUGCGAACGAAUCAUAUUAUGCAACUCGUUGAUAUGGUCUUGCAGUAUUACUGGCAGAAGCAAUAUGACCUAUGAAGAGGCUCUACAGUAUGAGGAAAAUGCUAAAAAGAGUCUCAAGGAAUUUCCUAUGGAGCUACGCAUACCUAUAUUGUAUCUUGCCAGUAAAACAAAUAGAUCAUCCUUCAAUGAAAUGAUAGAGGAUGUGUACUUAUUUGCAAGGGAAAGGUUUUUUGUGGGAGAAAUGGUAGAGGCAAGUUUUACAGAAGACUCUUGGUGUGAUUGUCAUGUUCUUCAGGUUAUUUCACCUACAGAGCAACAAUUAAAAUUGUAUGCUAAGGAAAAUAGGAACUCUCAAGACCAACAGUAUCAACCACCAGCAAAAUUGUUUCGUUAUGAAGUGGAACAGUUGGACUGUGGAGAUUCUGAUGUCAGUCAACUUAUGAUAGUGGAAGCAGAACAAGUGAGAAGAAGGAAACAACAUUAUAGUAGAGAAAGAAAUAGAAUAUUUCUGCGCCAGUUAUGCGAACAAAAUGAAAGUGGUAUAUGGGUUGUUAAAGAUAGUGUUUUACAAAAAUAUGGAAUUAGUAAAGUUCGUUUUGACACCAUAUUUGCUGGUCCCCCACCCGAUUUUGCCUCACGCAUUAAACGAUUUGUUAAGCAUAAGCAGGAAUCAAUAGAAAAGUUUCUUACAUCAAAUGUAUCAAAACAGAAAGCACCAGAAAAACCUGAUCCUCUCAAAAAGGUAAAUCAAACAGGGGUGGAUAUAAAAAAAUUUCGAAAGCCAAGAACGAACGGAAAGUUCAAAGAAGACCUCAAAGCAAAAGCUCUGGAGCAGAAAGCAAAACGCAAAGAAGAAAGAGUCUUAAAAAGCGAACGUAAAAAGGAAGAAAAACAGAAAUUAGCCGCCUUGGCUGCAUAUGUUAGACAGUGGAAUAAACCAAGGGAGGAUCUUGAAUGCGAAGAUCUUGCACCUAUUCCACAAGCUACCGUGCUUAACAGUAGCAUACCUAACGAAAAAUUUGGCGAUAGCGUUAUGAUUUUAGAAUUUCUAGAGUUUUUUAACGAUGAAUUAGAAGUCAGUACAUAUUUUCCAAAUGGCUUUACUUUAGACUUCUUAGAAAGAGCAUUGUUAACAAAAGAAGCAUCUGGACCUUGGAGCGAUCUCUUGCAAUUGUUACUGUCAAAUAUCUUCAAAUAUCAAGCAGACGAAGAAGAUGAAAUUCAAGCGUCUGGUAUAGUAAACGUUACCGGCAUAUACGAAGGAGCAUCAUCGAUGACAAAAGCUGUUAAACUUGCGACAUUGGCUUCUACUUGGAGUCAAAUGUAUCAAGGCUGUCAACUAUCCGAACUCGCGUUGGAUCAUUUAACAGUAAGCGAGAUUUUAAGGCAACAUUUGUUGGGUUCUGGAGGACGAAUAGGCGAAGUCGCUUCUAAAUGGAGAUACUCUCAAAGAGGUGGAUACACAAAUCAAGAUGAUCCUGCGCUUCUUAUGAGAAUAAACGAGGCAUAUAUUUUGAGAUUAUUAGGGCAUCGUAAUGUUCACGAAUUCGAUUUAGAUGAAAAGUUAAAGGUUGUGACGUGUCUGAUAAAUCAGUUGCUCACUUUUGCUUCGGUACGAGACGUGAUCGAGGAAAGGCAUGAGAAGAUUCAUCAAGCUAAAAAGGAACUGAGAUAUUGUAUACUAGCCGAACAAAGAAAGGAGAAGGAAGAAAAAGAAAAAAUGAGAGAGCGCGAGAAAGACAAAGAUAGCAAAAUACCAAAGAAGGUCACGCGUGGUAACUGCGAAGAAGAGAAACGAAAAGAAGAAUACGAAAAUAAAUUAAAAGAACUUCAGCAAGCAUCCAGAGACGAUAAAAUGAUGCUUUAUUUAGGUUCCGAUAGAGCUCAUCGUAGAUAUUGGAGAUUUUUAUCGAUACCGGGAAUAUUUGUUGAAAACGAUGAAUGGUGGCCAGGUAAUUGCCUUCCUGAAGGUACACCUUAUCAACCAGAGUUACAAGAUAGGGAAUCGACGUAUGCAUAUUUAAGAAAUAAAUUUGAAGAUGAAUUCAGCGAUAAAGAAAAUAGUUUCAAGAAGGCAAGAAAGUCUCCUAAGAAAGUGACAUUCGCUGAUAAGAAUGGGCUUAAAUCGCCGAGAAAAGACGUACCUCGAAAGGAAUUUAAACACGAUCACUCCGAUAUUAAGAAAAAUUUAAUGGCUUGUACAGGGAAUAAAGAAUGUCCGGUUCACUGCAAAAGAUUGGAACCGAAAUGGAGUUUCUACGGUACGCUGGAAGACAUAGAAGCUUUAAUAAAUGGUUUAAGUAAACGAGGAAUUAGAGAGGGAGAACUCAGAAAUAAUAUUAUACAAGAAAAGACGAGUUUAAUAUCCGUGAUCGAAGAAUGUCCUCGGCAUAAGCUUAAUCCUGAAGUUUUUUCAGGGCCAAUUAAAUUACAAACGAGUAAAACCACAAAGAAAAAUAAAUACGAAAAUGCUAACUUGAAUUAUACUUCCGACAUGGCUAUCGACACUGUUUUAGAACUAACUCUAAGGGAUUACAUUCUAGAUUUCGAAGAUAAAAUAAGAAUUGGUUGUUUAGGAAGUCUAAAAGUUGUCAGCCGCGAAGCAUGGAGACAUGCGAUUAAUAGCGGUCACUACGAUAAACAGUGCGAUAAGUUAGUGUACGGUACAAGUGAAGUUGAAGCAGACGUUGCUUCUAAUGUAACAUUGGACAAAGUUAAGAACGAAGCUAAACAUAGUAGGCCAAGUACUCCGGACUCAGAAAUUGGAAGUAUUAAUAUAAAGACUUAUAAAGACCCGGGAAAAUAUUUAGGUCCAGCAAAAGAAGAUGAAGUACUCAUAGACUGUAAGCAGCAAGCAACCAUCAAACAAAUGGCUUGCGCUAUUUUACAGUUAUCCCAUGCUAUAGAGCAAAAGUACUUACAGAGACCGUUAGGUGCCGAUGAGAAGGAUAAAAAAUGGUCUGGUGAAGAGUUCCGAGAGAGAUGGGAACAAUCGCUUAUGGCAUCGAACAGUUGGUCUCAAUUAUUUUUGCAUUUAAGUACUCUAGAAAACAGUGUCGCAUGGGGUAAAAGUGCGCUCAAUGCUCAGUGUCGCGUAUGUAGGCGACGACGGGACGCGGAGAAAAUGUUACUUUGCGAUGGAUGCAACAAAGGUCACCAUAUAUAUUGUUUAAAACCAAAACUGACGACUGUGCCGGAAGGAGAUUGGUAUUGUAAAACGUGUAAGCCACCAACGAAGUCGAAAGAGAAAAUUAAGAUGCGAAAGAAGUUCGAAGAAGAACUGGAAGAAGAAGUAAUAUUGACCAAAGAAACUCGACACAAUCGGGCUAGGCGCGUUCUUGAAAGCGAAGAUGAGGAGGAUCGUGAGGAUAAUGAACUGGAUCAGGAAAGCGAUGAGCAUAUGAGUACUGAACCAAUGAACGUGUGCACUGUGUGUAGAAGUGGUGGAAAACUGCUUAGUUGUGACGCGUGUUCAAACUUGUACCACAUAGAAUGUAUAGAACCUCCUAUAACGAGAGCACCUCGUGGAAGGUGGUCUUGUACAGACUGCAAGGAUAAAAAAGAUAAGAGAUCCGGUGCAAAAUAUGUGAGGGGGCGUGAAAGGGAAAGAGACAAGGAGAGACUGUGCGCUGCAGCAGCACGCUCUCGCAUCCAUGGCUUUGCCAAGAGCCUCCUCACUACAGAAUCUACAGACUGGGACGACAGUAGCAAUUCCGAAGACGCGGAACCAAGGCAAACCAGAAGAGCAGCAAAAAGGGCUGCUAAAAUAGAAGAAGAAGAUACAGGAUCGAUCAAAGGAUGCAUGUCGAGACUACAGGAGUUACUCGCGGAUAUUAGGCAUCACAGGGAUUCGUGGCCUUUUCUAUCACCCGUCACGAAAGCUGAAGUUCCAGAUUAUCACGAAAUUAUUUCCAAUCCUAUGGAUUUUGGUACAAUCAAAUAUAAACUUGACAAUGGAGAAUAUGAAACGUUGGAACAGUUCUUUAGUGAUUCUCAGUUAGUAUUCAAUAAUUGUCAAGCUUAUAACGAAGAGCACAGUUCCGUAUAUAAUUCCGUCUAUAGAGCAGGUAUGCGGUUACUGAAGUACAUUGAGAAACGGUGUAAGGAAUUGGGGUUGCAUUACGACGAGGAACUGUUGCGACCGCCAGCGAAGAAGCCGAAACUUGAUGAAAAUAUUCUUGCUGAUAGCGAAGACGAAGACACAGAAGAAAAGACAAGAUAGAAGUGAAGUACACGCUUCAACACGUUACACAUAUUGGAUUUAUUCUCUGAUUUCUACACUGAUGUCAAACAAUGUACAAAUUCAUACUUCGGCUAAGGUGUCCUGUAAAUCAUAUAUUAUCGAAAGACUCCAUUUGUUAAAAACUAGAAUAUCCCAUAUAUAAUUUACGAAAGUAAUUCACAGAAACAUGCGAUAAAAUGGAAGUAUAACAUAUACAAAGUGUUUCUUCAACACUUAUGGAACGUUUUCAUCUUCCCUUAGUCUUGCUAAAAUAAAAAAAAAAAGAAACAUGCACAGUAUUAUUCGUAGAAUUUUACGCAUAAUAUAAUUGCUCUCACAUAUUUUUAAGAGUCCGAUAUAAAGCGUUUUAUAAACAC